AUGUACUUAAUUUUUUCAUUCUUGAAUGGUAGCUAAUAAAAGGAAAGCUCAUAGCUGAUAUAAUAUAGGCACCCUGUUUCAGACAGGAUCUAAAAUGAAUUUAAGGAAAACCCUUUACAAAUUUAUCUCACCUUACCGAACUAUCCUAACACAUUGAAUGGUUUAUAAGUAUUCUAAUUUUUAAAGAAAGCUUACCUGCUCAUCAUCAUAGAUAUACAAUAUAUCAUUCAUUUUUUAAUUAAUAUAAGUUAUAAUGACAAAAUUGAAAGUAGCUGCAAAUGAUCUUGAUUUCAUAAUAACACAAUACAAUAUUAGCCAUAGAAACACUUAAAAGAACUUAAUUUUGAGGAUUUCGAAGGUCCAGUGCCAACAAAAUAAGAUUUUGAGCAGAGUUUAUUUGAUUUGA